AUAUGGAAGGGCGGAAACAACCUGGAUCUUUCUGGCGUAAAAGGAAACAAGAAAAGCAAGAAAGACAAAAUAAAAUUUUGAAAGGUAUACCCAAAAUGACAGCAUUUUUUACACCUGAUGGAAAUCAAGAAGACGACCCUACAAAUAUUUCCCAACCCGGUAGUAGUUCUAGUGCUACUAGUGAUAAAUAUAUUCAUAUUCAACCACAUGAACUUAUUUUGGAGACUUCAGAAUUAGUGCCAGAGCCAGAGCACUUAGUAUCACAUGUUUCAAAAGUAUUAGAAUAUGAAGAAGCAACCACCAGUAACUCGGAUCCAAAACAGGAUUUACUUAAUUUUAAAGAUCCGGCACUUUGGCAAGAUUCCCAUAAUUAUGCAGAAAUGAUUCUAGAAAAAUGGGUCUAACAGAAUCUUACAGAUAUGGACUUUUCAAUGUCAAAAAGAAAUUUCGGGGAACAACACAUGUAUGCCGGUAAGCAAAUAUUUGAUAAAAGACUUGUUAAUGGAGAAGUGGUUCGCCGCGAUUGGGCAAUUUACUCCGAAAGCACUGGCAAUAUAUUUUGUCUUUAUUGUGUAUUAUUUGGAAAUAAAAAGAACCAAUUUAAAACAGGAUUUUCAUUAUGGAAUAAAAGUAAGGAAAGAUUAGACGAACAUGAAAGAUCCAAUGAUCAUAUAGAUAAUCUGAAAAUGUAUAUGACUCGCUUAUUAAAGCAAGGAAGAGUUGAUGUAGAACUCGAAAAGGAAAUUAGCACUGCGAAAGAAUAUUGGGUGAAAGUACUAGAAAGAAUCAUAAGUGUAAUAAAGUUUCUGGCUACCAGGGAAUUGGCAUUUAGAGGUACUCAUGAAAGAAUUGGCGAAAAACGGAAUGGAAACUACUUAGGUUUACUGGAACUAUUGUCAGAAUAUGAUCCAUUUUUGAAAGAUCAUAUUAAUAAACGAGCAAAUUUAGGUAAGGGCAAAACGUCAUAUCUAUCAAAAGAUAUAUGUAACGAAUUACUGAAUAUCUUAUCCAAUCGAGUCAUUGAUGAAAUUGUUAGACAAAUUAAGGCAAACAAAUACUAUUCUAUAAGUGUAGAUUCAACACCUGGCAUAACACACCAUGACCAACUUACAGUGAUUUUGAGAUAUUGUGACAAUAAAGGGAAUCCCGUGGAAAGAUUCGUGGGAUUUUAUAAAAACACUGGGCAUAGCUCACAACAACUUGAGGAAACAGUUAUUGGGAUGUUAGAGUCUUUGAAAUUAGAUAUUAAGAACUGUAGAGGCCAGUCUUACGACAAUGCCAGUAAUAUGAGUGGAAAGUAUUCUGGUUUGAAAGCACGUAUUAAAGCUUACAAUGAUUUAGCUCUCUUUGUGCCGUGUGCAGCUCACUCUUUAAAUUUGGUUGUCCAAAAUGCAGCAGAUUGUUGUUUGGAAGCAACAUCUUUUUUUAUGUUGGUACAAGCUAUCUACAAUUUUUUCUCCGUGUCUACACAUAGGUGGGAGUUAUUGUCUCGUGCAAUAAAGGAUUCGGCUGAGUCGGGGCAGACACUGUUACCUAAGAGAGUGAAUACAACCCGUUGGUCUUCUCGUUUUGAUGCCGUAAAAGCGUUAAAAAGCAAUUACGGUUUGAUUAAAACAUGUUUGAUUGGAAUAUCAACGGAUAUACAUGAGAAAAACAUAGUAAGAGUUGAAGCAGCUUCUCUAUCGGAAAAACUUGAUUUGUUGGAAAACGGAAUAAUUUUAUCAUUGUGGCUUGACGUUUUACAAAGGGCUAAUGAAGUGAAUAAAUCAGUACAAAAGGAAAAUAUGGAUUUCAGCACAACCGCUCAUCUGUUAUCAUCUUUAGCAGAUUACUUUGAUUUCUUACGUGAUCGUUUUGAUCACUACGAGGCCUUAGGAAUGUUGUUAACAGGGAACGAAAAUUAUGCUGAGAAGAGGAUUAUCAAAAAAAAAAUGCAAUUAGGAGAAAUGAAUUCGGAGGCAAGCUUAAGCCAAAAAGAAAAAAUGCGAACACAAUGUUAUGUUUGUAUAAUAGACAAUCUUAAGUCGGAGAUUAUUCGCCGAUCUGAUAGUUAUAAAUCUUGUUCAAGAGCAUUUAAUAUUUUGUUUAAACUAAAAGCUACGGAAGAUGAAGAUAUUUUCAGAUCGGCAACCGAAUUACAACAAAACUACAAGGAGGAUUUGGACGAGUAUUUUCCCCAAGAAUGUGUUCAUUUAAAUCAUUUGUUAACGUCUCUUCCCCAAUUAAAAAUAGACACUCCUUUAGAAUUUGUACAGGCUUUAUACGAAAAUAAAUUAAUAUCUUCAUUUAGAAAAGUUAAUAUUUGCCUGCGUAUUUUUUUCUCCAUAAUGGUCGCAAAUGCAAGUGGCGAACGCUCUCUUUCGACACUAAAAAGGGUAAAGACCUACUUAAGAAAUGCAAUUUCCCAAGAAAAUUUGAACUCCUUAGCAGUCUUAUCCAUUAACGAGGACCUGCUCAAUGAAUUAAAUAUAAGUGAUAUCAUCGAAAACUUCGCUUCAGUAAAAUCAAGAAAACAAGCUUUUCAAUAGUAAAGGU